CAGUUCCAGCCUAACCCAAAGCAUCCACGCGGCUCCAAUUCCCAAUUCAGGCUGGGACAAGCAACUUAUACUGUGCUGUGCAUCCUGGACAACUUCCACCACAUCCAUCCUCCUCCGACAGCUCUCGUCUGUCUCCCGUCGCAUGUCAUUCUUUCACUUCUGAGCAAUACUCUCUUCAUCCUCUACUAUCCUGACACCGUUGUCCUCGAUCCAGCGGACCCGUUGUUGCGUUGGCCGUUGACCGAGACUUUCUCUGUGUCUGUCUCCACCACAACCAACCCUAGCACCCAUCCCAUCCCGCGUCCGCCUCCUCCUCCCACGUCCAUCAGGAUUUACCGACCAUCCGUUGACCACUACUGCUCUGUGGCCCGACCCACCUGCCAUCAUUUCGGCGUUCCAGCAUCUUCAGCUUUCUUCUUGCGAUCCCAUCCCAUCAUAGGCUCGCUGGUCACCCAUUUCUUCUUCCUGGGUUUCCCCGUCGUUCGCUUGACUCCAGCUCAACUACAGAGUACCCCGGUCGCGUCUCUCAGCAAUUUUUUUCCUCUGCGCCCACACACCGCAAGCCCGCAAACCAUACCUGGCCCUGCCGAGGCGCGCCCACCAAAGCUGCACAACACUCCCUGUGCCUAGAUCGCACUAAAUAACCAAACCCGCUUCAUCGUUUUCCGCCACGACACAUCACAUCAUUCGUAACCCUCGCUGGCUCCAUCCUAGUAUUAACGUUCCUUUGUAGAUCGCGAAACGUCCGAGAGGGAGAGCUUUUCCGUGUAUCUCUCUUGUCUCCAUUUACGCUCUUGUUCUGCCCUUGGUCUUGGCCUCUUCUCGUUUUACUCUCACAUUUUAUUUGCGAGAUUGCUUGUGCCUGGCUGCGGCUCUCACCACGCCGGUACGCUCGACUAGAGUUGGCGCCGGAGUGACGAGACGCCUCUCUUCUCUCGGAUAAUGGCAGUGGUGGCACCAGCGCCAAACGAUCGAAAGCGGGUCAAGGUCUAUGAAUUGAGAGAUAAUGACUGGUUUGAUAGAGGAACGGGCCUGUGUUCUGCACAGGUCAUCGAUGAUGAACCGAGAAUCUACGUUGAAUCGGAGGACGAGCCCGGUCGGAUGCUUCUAGAAUCCAGGAUUCGUAGAGAUGAUGGAUAUCAGAAACAGCAAGAAACGUUAAUCGUGUGGACUGAGCCUGGUGGCACGGACAUGGCGUUGAGCUUCCAGGAAGCUGAGGGAUGUGCUGUUAUCUGGGAAUUCGUAAGCAAUGUACAACAGCAAAUGCUAGCUUUCACGGGCCCGGAUGAUUCCCUCUCCGAUGAUGCUCUCGAUGCUAGCUUUACGAAUCCCGUAACACUGCCUCCGCCGGAGCUCGGAAACCUUGCUGAAAUUGAGCAACGAAUACGACAUGCCAGCAUCGGCCCUGGACGAAUUUCGCUCACCAAAUUUUUAGUCCGCGAAGAAUAUCUCCUCAAGCUUCUACCGCUGGUCAGCGAUGCUGAGGACCUAGAAAGCCUCCCGGAUCUACAUCGACUAUGUAAUAUUAUGAAGUCCAUCAUCUUGCUUAACGAUAAUACCCUAAUAGAGCUCGUCGUGAGCGAUCAUGUUAUCAGUGGUGUAGUGGGUGCGCUUGAAUAUGACCCCGAUUUCCCCGCCCACAAAGCAAACCAUCGCCAAUACCUUAACGAUCGCAGUCGAUACAAGGAAGUUGUCCCAAUUAAGGACCCUCUAAUUCUGCGCAAAAUCAGACACACCUGGCGGCUACAGUAUCUAAAAGAUGUGGUCCUCGCACGGAUCCUCGACGAUCCCACCUUUUCCGUGCUGAAUUCCCUAAUAUUCUUCAACCAAGUCGACAUCGUCCAGCACCUCCAAAACAACACCCCUUUCCUCAACGAGCUUUUCGCCGUAUUCAACCCGAAAAACAUAGACAACAAGCGGAAGGAAGACGCGGUGCAGUUCCUCCAUCAAUGUGCAGCCAUUGCGAAAAAUCUCCAAGCUCCCGCCCGCGCCAACCUCCUCGCAAACUUCAUCGGCCAUGGUCUCUUCUCCGUCAUCGCAUUUGCGGUAAAACACCCAAACCCCGCCCUGCGGACGACUGGUAUCGACAUCCUAGUUGCCUUACUAGACCACGACCCGCUCAUGAUGCGCGGAUACAUGCUGAAGGCUGUCAAUGAGAAUAGAGUGCCAUUGACGGAUACGCUCAUAGACUUGCUCCAUGCUGAGACGGACCUGGGUGUUAAGAACCAGUUGGCUGAUGCGAUCAAAGUCCUGUUGGAUCCACAGGUGCCUAUCCAGGAUCCGCUGAGUAGGGCUGGCGCAGAUUUCCUAACUAAACUGCGCGCGCAGAACCCUGCUCCCGACACCUUCGUGCAGAAUCAUUUUGAUGAAUCUGCGAAAAGGCUCUUUUUGCCGUUAAAGAAGUUGGAGUCUAGGGAAUCACUUAAUGACCUUACGUUCCAAGAAGUCUCGUUAUAUUCGCAUCUUGUUGAUAUUCUCACAUUUUUUGUUCGGCAGCAUUAUUUACGGUGUCGAGGAUUUAUGCAUGGUGAAUCACUUACGCCUAGGGUUGCGCAAUUGUUGACAGUACCGCAGAAACAUUUGAAACUAACUUCUUUGAAAUUCUUUCGCACUUUGAUAAGUUUACAAGAUACCUUCUACGUUGCGCAGAUGACCCACAACAACAUCUUCGAACUAAUCCUAAACAUCGUCUACGAAACCAUGCCGCGCGACAACCUGCUGAACUCCGCCUGUCUGGAUCUCUUCGAAUUCGUGAAGCGCGAAAACAUCAAAACCAUAAUCAUCCACGUCGUCGAGAAAUAUAGAGAUAUUCUCAAGAACAUCACGUAUGUUGACACGUUCCAGCAUCUAAUAUUUCGCUACGAUCAAUUGCAAGGAUACGGGGCGGCGGCAGAGGCGGACGCGACGUUGUUCAGCCAGGACGAGUCGGGGACCCCACGAAUGAUCAUCAACGGUGGCCAGCGGUGGCACGGAGUGAGGGGAAUGGAUGCGGCGGAGGAGGAGUACUUCGAUACGUCAGAUGACGAGGAAGAUGAGGACAAGCAGCAGCAGAUGGAUACGACGGCGACGAAUGCGAACGCGAAUGCGUCGACGGCUAUUGCGGUUAAUGGUUCUGCGUCACCCGUCCUCAAACCUCUGGUCGAUUAUCCGGAUGAUGAUGACGAGGACGCCAUGGAUAUAAAUGUCCAAGGACAACCACAGUCGUCAGACUCAGUGGUUAUCCCCAUCGACCAAGCGCAACCUCAACCGCAGCCGCAACAGCAAACACAAACACAGCCCGAAACAGCCUCGACAUCAUCUCCUGACCACCCCACCACCACCUCCAGCCCCCGCCUCCCCGCACACCGCUACACCGAGAAACGCCGGCGCGAAGAAGAUGACGAUGACGACGAACUCGUCAAGUUAUCCUCUGGCACGAAGCGGCGUAGCUCAAGCCUGAGCAGCAUCGGCUCAUCAUCCGGAAGCGUUGGAAUCGGUAUUGGUUCGUUGAGGAAGAAGAAGAGUUUUUCCGGGAUGGGGAAGAAUGAUGAACGUGAGCGUGGUGGUGCCGAUGAGACGGGGACGGGCCCUGGUGGCACUGGUGCGAAGAAGAUUUCGAUUAGUUUGAACCUGUCAUCAUUUAAGGCUGGAGCUGCGCGGGGGGGCAAGAAUGUGCCUGCGGGUGCGGGAACGAGUGUGGGAGUGGGAGUGGAGUCUGGAACGAGCCAGACAGUGGGUAGUCCCGCCGCAGCCACGUCCACCACACUCAUCGCUGAAGGAGAGGAAGAUACCCCUGAGAAGACGGAUGGCGGCAGUGGCGUUGUAGCUAGCGAUGCGAGUGAUGUUGAUGAUGAUGAUGAUGGCGGCGGUGGUGGUGGUGGUGGUGGGGCUAGUGGGGAUAGCGGAGGCCGCGAAGCCAGGAGGAGCGUUGGUGUCGGCGCCACAUAGAAAGCCGAUUUGCCCCAUGCUACCUUUUGCGUUGUGUUGCGUUGCGUUGCGUUGCGUUGCAUUGUGUUGCGUUGCGUCAUGUUGCGUUUACAUGGAAUUGAACUGCCAGGGGCGUCGUGCUAUUCCUUCCUGAUUGCUGUUGCUUGCUGAGUUUUAUUUGAACUUGGGGGCUUUUGCCUUGGGCUUUUGGCUUUGGUCUGGUUGGUGGAUGGGUGUUUGGUCGUUCCUGACUUUUGAUUUGUUCAAUUCACUUUUCUUUUGCCUCUAUGCUUUUUCUCUCUCUGCGUGUGUAUUCUCUAUAAGUGAAUGUGAAAGGGUGAAAGGUGAGGCCAAUUGUCUGUGUCAUAUGUGGAGUUCUACUUUACUUUUCUUCUGACCUGGCUCCUUAUGCCCUUUUCACACAUACUUCCCGAUCCGUGUCCGUAUAUGAUGUAUCUAUCCUACGCAUUCUCACCAUGAAUUUCCUUUUCCUUCCUUUUUUGUUUUCUCUGAAGGUUUAAAAUUAUAGGAAAGAAGAGCCAUAAGGUGUAUGAAUUGAUUUGAUACAGGGGUGAGAAAGAGGAGAGAGAAAGAUCAACACAGCCAUAUUCCUAGAUACACAAACGAAAUACUUGAGAUCAUUUUUAAAAAUGUUGUUUGCUUUGACAACUAGAUACUGCGUGAUCUCGAUAUUUUUUUCAUCUGAGUUGAGUGUAGUAAAUGUGUAAAUUCGG